GCCGUUCUUGAGCAGCAAGGCUGUGUCCAGGACCCUCCAAAAUGUCUGGAAUGGUGCUUCUCUGCUGCUUCCUGCUAUGCCCAAUAACUGCCCUCCCAGGCAGAUCCCAGCCAAAGGAUCCUUUAUCAUUAGAGUCCCAGCUGCCCAUUCUCGGCUCCCUGCCCUGUCGGGACCUAUUGCCCGUGUCUCUUCCCAGCUUCAGUCACCUAGCCCCUCUGCCUAGGUACCUGAUCAGCCUGCCAUUGUACAUAACCCUGGAGCGAGCUGGCUGUCCAUUUGAUGCUCAUGCCCUUCGGCUGCAGCUCUAUAGACUGGGUGGGGUGAAAGUCACAGAGAUGCUCAUCCGACAGCUUCGAGACCUGAGAGGGCACGGAAGAGAAAAGAAGUCCAACCAGGUCCUGUUCUCCAUUCUUCAGCUUCUAGGCAGGAGGAACAAGAGGUUGGGGAGGGCCUCUCGUUCACUCUCCAUGGCAGAUUGCUUUGAUGAGAAGGAGCAACAGGUACACAGUGUUAUCCAUUUCAUGCCACAGUUAGGAAGUUACUAUAACCUUGGAACAGCCUUCUAUUAUGCUGCCCAGGACUGCUCUGCUCAGGCUUGGGACCGAGGACAGGAAGCAGCCCUGGACCUAGGCUAUGAUUUCCUUAUUGGGCUGAGUGGGAUAACAGGGGGUCCUGCAGGAGUCAUGGCCAGUGUGGUCCUCAGGCCAGUGUUCAAAGCGGGUGUCCAGAGGCUGAUCCAAUAUUACAGUAAAACGGAGGAGUCAAGCAGUCCUUCUCCGGGCACAGAUCAGAGUUGGCAGAAGGCCUGGAGAAUCACCACUGAAGCGGGCAGCAGCUGGAAGAAAGGCCAGGAGGUGACUCCAACUGUGGGCUAUGGAGAACAUAUGGAUGAAGUGACCGAGAGCACCUCCCUGUGGAAUUGGGUGUUCUUCAAGAGUUGGGGAUAGAGAAGGCAGAGCCUGCCUACAAGCUGGCUACAGCUGGGGGAAGGGGGGUGGGGAUGAGAGUGGUUUAUAAGGAAGAGUCAGAGAGCUGUGGGUUCCAGUGACAGGUAAACUGUCAUUAUCUGUCUGUCCUUAUCUACCUCGCCAUCCAACCAUUUAUCUAUCGGUCUUUAUCCAUCUCUCCCAAUACACGUCAUUAUGUACAGAUGCUUAAUAAAUGCUGGUUGAUUGUU